UUGGUUAGUCUAUGGUUGGUGUUUGGAUUGGAUAGUGUAUAAUUUUCGUAUUGUAUGAAUAUUGUGUCGAGGGAGGUUUUGAACGUGAAUAAUACGUGAUUUCUUUGUGAAUGUAAUUAUUGAUAUUAUAAAUGGUGCAGUGAUUAAAAGUGUCAUUUAAUUUGCAUUUGAUUAAUAUUUAUGUGAAUAGUGGACUAAGUCUACGUAAAAUAACUACUUUGCCGGCUUGUUAUGAUACCAAUGAGUACCAAGAUGCCGACUGUGUAGCGCAAAGUUCAUACAACACUAUUUGAAAUAGUUUAGAGCGUUCUAAAUUUAAAAUGCGCGAGUUUGAUUGGUUCGAGCGCUCGGCGUACCAGUGAUAGUGAUGUGUUGUGACGGUAGUGGUUAUCGAUAAUGGCGACGAUGGAUUUGACUAACGAGGUGGUGCGGUUACGCGCCGAACUCGAAAAAGUAUCGACUGAGCGGGAUAUGCUGCUGUGUGAGGUGUCGAAUUUGCGGCGAGAAUUGGAACUGAGCGAGCUGAAAAACUUGCAAGAUGACAGCUUCUCCCAGAAGGUCGACGAGGAGGAGAACAGCGGCGGGGUGACUCUUCACCCCCCGGACGGGUUCUACUCCCACCAGCACAAUAUUCACAGCGGACACCAUGCGCACAACGCGGAGCCUGACCGCGGUUACAUGGAAGGCAACAGAUAUGUUACAGCAGUUCAUCGACCUAUGCCUGCUCUAAACCAUUCAAACUCGUCAUGCUCGUCUGCCUCGAAUGCGUCUACCGGUGCAGGGCUGUGCGCGGGCGCAGCGGAACCGGCGCCGCCGCUUUAUAUCGCCGCGCCGCCAGAGGGCUUCGGAUUGGCUGUUCAUACCAACAGGCGUGGCACAGACGUGGGAAUCAUUGGCAGUACUGGGAUAGCGCAAAAAGAUUCCAGUUUACCCCAAAAAAGGGGGAAACUUACCCGAGGUCGGUAUGAAAUGUCACAAGAUUUGUUGGACAAGCAAGUUGAGAUAUUGGAGAGACGAUACGGUGGGUUGCGCGCGCGCAGAGCCGCGGUGACGAUCCAACGCGCGUUUAGAAGGCGGCAGCUUCUAAAGAAAUUCAGCGCUAUUACUGCUAUGGCUAAGGCGGCCGAUUCGAAUGCUCGACGAAUGCAGGAUGGCGAUCAUUUGAUGAUUAACGGCAACGAUAUCUACGCGAAUACAAUGCUACAAAAGAGCCCGGCGGGUGUGGAGAAGUCUCUGGCGCUCACCAGGCCAAUGCGGUCCAUGUCACUACGGGAGAGACAUGAUGUCGACAUGGGCAACCACAUCGGCUGUGACUCGAACGAUGUUGAUGCGAUGGUGGCUAGAGUCCAGCAGUCGGCGCAUCAGAUACACAUGAUCGCAAGUGAAAUACCGCACAGGGGAGACGCAGAUAGCGGAGUGUGUAGCUGUUCCGUGAGCGGUUCAGUGACAAACAUAUCGACAUCCUCAUCACAUAACGAAUCUCUACACAACCAUCAAUUGUUGAAUAACUCAGGUCCAAUAUACGGGAACCUACUGUCCUCCGGUGGUAAACCACUGUCGUCCCCAACAGCGCGGCAACAGCAGCAGCUAGCCGCAAUCCAGGCGGCAAAUGCGAGACGACAUCCGCCGGAAGUGCCAAAACGGACAAGUAGUAUUACACUCAAUGCGGAAAGCCCCGUGUCGCUCCGAAGAGCUGAGUGCGGGGGUGCGGUGGUGAGAGGGGGGUCUAUGUCCUCCGUACAGUCCUCGUCUUCGUCAUCGUCUCAGGAGCACAGGCAUUACCAUCAGGUGUACCAACCUAGGCAACAGGAGCCCCAUAUCCACAUCCAAGAACCGCAGUUCCAGCACACUCGUACUGCGUCUGGAACGCUCUACGAAGCUGACAGGUUCAAUGUCUGGAAGAGGCAGGACGCUCCGCCCUACUAUGAAGCCCCACCUGCCGCUGCCUGUUGUCGACCUCAGCAUGAGCAUCAGCAUACCCAUCAACAGCCAUUGAAGGUAUCAGAAACUGUACGUAAACGUCAGUAUCGCGUGGGUUUAAAUCUAUUCAACAAAAAGCCGGAGCGUGGUAUUGGCUACUUGAUCUCACGUGGUUUCCUGGAGAACUCUCCGAGAGGAGUAGCAAGAUUCCUUAUCACCAGGAAAGGGUUAAGCAAGCAGAUGAUUGGAGAAUAUCUUGGAAACCUGCAGAACCAGUUCAACAUGGCUGCGUUAGAAUGUUUCGUAAACGAGCUGGAUCUAUCCGGUAUGGCGGUAGACGUGGCACUGCGCAGGUAUCAGGCGCAUUUCCGUUUGCCAGGGGAGGCACAAAAGAUCGAGAGGCUGGUAGAGGCAUUCGCAAGGCGCUACUGCGUGUGCAAUCCAGACUUCGUACAGAGGCUUCGUACUCAGGAUACGAUAUUCGUAUUGGCGUUCGCAAUUAUAAUGCUAAACACCGAUUUGCACACACCGAAUCUCAAACCGGAAGCUCGAAUGUCACUCGAUGACUUUGUUCGCAACUUGCGGGGCAUCGACGACUGUGGAGACAUCGACAGGGACAUGUUGGCUGGCAUCUAUGAGCGUGUGAAGUCAAGCGAAUUUAGACCUGGCAGCGAUCAUGUUACUCAGGUGAUGAAAGUCCAAGCUACGAUAGUGGGCAAGAAGCCGCACUUGGCCCUUCCCCACCGUCGCCUCGUGUGCUAUUGCCGUCUCUACGAAAUACCUGACAUACAUAAGAAGGAACGCCCGGGGGUGCAUCAGAGAGAGGUGUUCCUAUUCAAUGAUCUUCUGGUGAUAACCAAGAUAUUCAGCAAGAAGAAGUCGUCAGUGACCUACACGUUCAGGCAGUCAUUCCCGCUGUGCGCGAUGUUGGUGAAUCUCUUCUCUGUUCCACAUUACCCCUUCGGCAUACGUCUGUCCCGUCGCGUGGACGGCCGCAGACUGGCAACAUUCAAUGCGCGUAACGAGCACGACCGUUGCAAAUUCGCUGAAGACCUGCGCGAGAGCAUCGCGGAAAUGGAUGAAAUGGAGGCCAUGAGGAUCGAAGCUGAAUUGAAUAGGGGAAAGGGCAGGGGUACGAAUAAUAGUGCUAGGAAUGUUAUGGAGAAUCGUGACAGUGGAGUAGCAGAUGUGGAAAUCGAUCACCAACAAUGUAUUGAUCACAUGCAUGCUCAUGGCGUGGUGCCACCGCCCCCCUCGUGCCCUGCCCCCAUGGCCCCGCGCCCGCCUGGUGGAGGCUGCCCCCCUACCGCAGUCAUCAAGAGGAACGUUCUCAGCAACUCCCUGGUUGACAUCAACGAUCCUGGUAUGUAUUUGGCCCUCGCAGCCGAGCGGCUCCAGCGCCGUGGGUCAGUGGGGUCCCUGGACAGCGGCAUGUCCGUCUCCUUCCAGCAGGGCAGCCGCACUGCUCUUCACGCCACGUCACCGCGACAUCCACCCGAGCAACGGUCGCCGGGUGAGCGAGUACUUUAUUAACCGACCUCAAAAAGGAUGUUAGAGUUCCACCCGUAUGAUUGGAUAUUGAGUCGUAUCUUUGGCGGUAUUUUCCCGGCACGAAUACGCAAACUGAGCGCAUCGGGAAUCCCCGACACGAAGAGCCAAGUCGGCAAAAGCACAGAAGUCUAAUCGCUUCGAUUUGGUUAUUAUUCGAUUAUUCUGUAAAUCGAUUCUGAUUCUAUUUCUUUGCGCGAUUAUCGAAUCCAUUUUGAAGGGAUUCGAUCAUUUCCAAGUGCCAUCCUAAUACCUUUUAGAUUUUAGUAGCUUCUGAAAGCUGAAGCACAAACCUCUCGCUUUUACUUAAUCGAAUUGUAUGGGAAGGAGUGAGAUAGCAUUAUUUUUGACUUGCUCUUUGGUGACCGGUUAGGGAUUCAGGUGACCUUAUACGCGUUUAGUUGAAGAUUUUAAGAUAAAAUUUAAAUAACAUUGACGGAAAAUGGAUAGCUGAGAUGGGUAUAGCUUUUGAAUGACUUACUGUAGAUCGAAAUAGACAACUAUUUCUACGAAAUUUGAAAUGAAUAUUUCUUGAUAAUUCUUUUCUUUUCUUGACCUAAUAGAGCUGUAAGGAAGGCAGGGUUUUGACACAAAAAUCUAGAAAUCAUAAACGGUUAACCAAAAAUCUCCAUAGCACGUUUGAAAAGUUUACGAGUACCCGGCUGGGUGUUAGAGUAAUUUGUACAUACGUUGAGAAAUUCACUACAAUAGUUACUUUCGGCACAAGGUCAAAUAUGGUUUAACUUUUAGCGGCCAUAUCUGGCACAUUUAAACGAAUUUAUUCGAUCAUUGUUGAAAUUAUUAGAUUUAGAAAUUAAUAUCUCGUAUUCUAAAAUAUUGAUAGUCGUCCGUACCAUUCCUUUCAGUCCAUUGAGAAGUAUAUUUAUAGAUAUUAUUUAUCCGAUUUCAAGAUUAUUUUUACAAAUGUGUUACCUUGGUACCAUAGAACGUAGAGUAAGGUAAAUUAUCUAUGAAUCGUCGUCCCGUUUCCCAUAUAAAAAUCCAACAAAUUCAUAAACAUCUUUGGUAUAGCUAUGUUCCGCCAUUUUCUUUUUCCCAUUGCCUUAACGCAAACUAUACAAGUUUUGUAAUGUACUCGUUGUCAUUUUACGAUUUUAACUAACAGUACUCGGCCAUUUAUAAGUUGCAUCGUGCUUUAGAAAGAGAUACUCGGCUAGCUUCGGCUUCGUAUAUCGCCGUCUCUGUCGUCUAAUAGAUACCGGACUGUUAGUUUCGUGUGACAGAGAUGACGCUCUACAAAGCGAGUAUCUCUUUCUAAAGAACGAUGCGACUUAUAAAUGGUAUUUAUUUGUUUAGUUCCAAAUAUGCCCACGGAGCGCUGCUCGAGUAUUUCAUACAAUCAUUUGUAUAUUUUCGAUUUACGUAUUGUUUGUGCUAAGGAACAUUUUCAAAUAAUAAAUAUAACCUAGAUUGUUGACUAGCUAAUGUUGAAUUUGUAAUAGGCUUGUUAUUUCUACUAUUUGAUACGGAUAGGAAAGGGUUCCCUUUCGUGCUGAGCGGGAAUUUCGGGAGUUGAACCGCCCGAACCACAAAACCCGCUUGGUUGUUGUCGAUAAUAAUUUCUUUGAAAUUCGAUUAAGAAAUUAUUAUCGAUAAAGUUUCCUACUUUCAACCCGACUGACUUAGCCAAUCGUACAAUUAUUGUAUACGUUUUGUACUUUGCGCUGUCCAUUUUAACGUGAAUCUCCAUUUAGAGUAAGAAUUUAAUGUGUCGACUACGCAACCGCUAAAGACUUUACUUCAAAUGUAAAUUUUAGUAAUUUUACCCUUUUAAGAAUUGGCAAUGUAUGAUGUUUAUUUUUCUUUUUUCAGUACAUUUGAAGGGUUACUCUAUAAGAGAGUACCGUUUUUCGAUUUUCAUUAAUUGACCGAAUAUUUGUUGGAAAGCACUGCAAAGUGCCGAUUCCAAUAAUUAUAACAUUUUAAUUUAUGUUUAUUUUCAUAUCUCUCUUCAGUAUAUUAGAAACUCCAAGAGAAUUAAAAUACAGCAGGGUUACUCUGUAAAAACGUACUUUUUUAUAAUCAUCCUUGAUUGACUGAAUAUUUGUUGGAUACUACUGCAAAAAGCGGGUUCCAAUAAAUAUACCAUUUUACCAUGAUUCAGAUAAUUCUCUUUAACUUGGAACUGCAAAUAUUGAAAACGAAAUUACAUAGUAAGCCUGCUAAAUAUAACAACUGUGUGUUACUUAUUGGUCUAGAGUCAUCUUAGUUAAUUUUAACCUUCGCUGUAUACCUCUUAACUUAAACUGUGGUCGACACUCCUUAAUAUUUAAAAAUUGUAAUGCAUUACAAUGUAAAAGGAAUUGAUAUAGGGUUUUGUCGUUGAAUUUUGAACCUUGUAUACUUAACUUUAGGGUUGAACUUGUCAAGCGAUUAUCUACCGGCAUUUAACUGUCAAUUUGAGGUUCUAUGAAGCGUGCGUUUGCUUUUGUAAAUUUCGCUUGAAGCCAAAGAUAGGUUUGUGUUCGCAUUGAGACGAGAUUUUCACAUUACCAUACAGAUACCAUUGUAUUGUUUUUCUGUAAUAUAAACCUUACUAACUUAUGUAUGUAUAUUGAAGAGGAUUACUUAAUAUAUAUCUUUUAGUUAUUGUUAUUAGAAAUAAAAGCAUUCGACGUCUCUUAUAUUGUAUAAUAAUGUUGUUGAGAAUUGCUACAACUAAGUCACUUACAUUAGUUUUAUUUAAAAAUGCGAAAGUGUAUUUAUUUAUUAAAUAUGAAUUAACAUUCAUGAUGA